AACGAACGUAAUCCUACUCGAAGAGUACCUCAUUACGUCAGUCCCCUACCCUCGUGUUGUACACAGUCUUCGCAUCAUACAUAACUGUCGACAGAGGGGGCCAUGUCUUACACCUGUAUCAGCUGUCGGGUGGCGUUCGCCGACGGCGAGGUUCAGCGAGCACACUACAAGACGGACUGGCACCGCUACAACCUGAAGCGCAAGGUGGCCGACAUGCCGCCCGUCACCGCUGAGAACUUCCAGGAGCGCGUGCUGGCGCAGCGGGCGGCAGCCGAGCAACAGCAGCACCAGCUGGACCACGGCAGCGGGCAGACCUGCCUCACCUGCAACAAGCACUUCAGCAGCGCCAACGCCUACACCAACCACAUGCAGUCCAACAAACACCAGCAGGCCGAGAAGCGAGCGCUGGCUGCGGCCCAGGCGAGUGUCCAGCGAAUGAACGAGAAGAACCUGGAGAAGGGGGCGGAGCUGGAUAAGGAUGCCCAGAAUGCAGCGCUGCAGCAAGCGCUGAGAGACCAGCAAAGACACACACCGUCCAAGGCCACCGCCUCCGCCACACCUGCAGAGAAGAAGGACCGGACGCGCCCAGAUAAACCCCCACGGCUACAGUGGUUUGAGGAGCAAGCCAAGAAGAUUGCAAAAGAGGAAGGAGAGGAGGAGGAGGAAGAAGAGUGGGAAGAUGUUGACGGCGAUGAUGCUGGUAACGAUGAUGAAGACAUGGGAGAGGAGGAGGAAGAGGAUGAUGCUGACGAAGAGGAGAUGGAGCAGGGGUCGUCGGCGGGGUCAGAGAAGCCCGAGGCGUUGCCGGGCUCCAUUCCGGUGACAGACUGCCUGUUCUGCAAACACCACUCGCGCUCCCUCACCAUGAACGUGGCCCACAUGACCAAAAUACACAGCUUCUACCUGCCAGACCUGGAGUACCUCGUGAACCUCAGGGGCUUCAUCGCAUACCUGGGUGAGAAGGUUGGCGUGGGUAAGGUGUGUCUGUGGUGUAAUGAGAAGGGGAGGUCCUUCUACUCCACGGAGGCCGUGCAGAAACACAUGGUGGACAAGAGCCACUGCAAACUCUUCACAGACGGAGACGCCGCACUGGAGUUCGCAGACUUCUACGACUUCAGGAGUAGCUACCCGGACGCUGGAGAUGGAGACGACGUGGAGAUGAGGGAUGGCGAGCUGCCCGACGACAAGAACAUGGAGUAUGAUGAUGACACGCUGGAACUGACCCUGCCCUCAGGUGCUAAGAUCGGCCAUCGCUCCCUGAUGCGGUACUACAAGCAGAAGUUUGGCAACCAGAGGGCCGUGGUGCUGGCCCAUAACCAGAAGGCAGUGGGCCGGGUCCUGAGGCAGUACCGGGCCCUGGGCUGGGGAGGAGACGCAGGUAAAGCGGGCUCUCUGCAGAGGCCUAAGGACAUGCAGUAUGUGCAGCGCAUGAAGUCCAGAUGGCAGCUGAAGAUGGGCAUGAACAACAACGCCGUCAAGCAGAGCCACUUCAGGUGCCAGGUCAUGUUCUAGUCAUUGACCCGACCCGGCCCGAUCCACACGCCACUCCGACUCCGAUUCGACAUGACCCAGCUCUCGACUUCGCUUCAAGACUCUGCUCCAGUCGACUCAACCUAUCCUCAUUACAUUUCUGCUUCGUUCAGUGCAAGGAGUGGUUCCUACAGGAGCCACUGUAGUAGCAGACCUCUAUAUCCGCUAAUGCAGGGGAUCCCUACCUUUUCCAACCCAGGGCCCACUUGAAAUGUUCACAAAUGUUCAGGGCCCUCCUCUGAGCCAAUAAACAAUAAAACUCCAAUAAAUCAACUAUCAACACACACAAAAUAUGAAAUUAGAUUUUUUGAAAAUGCUUUCAAGGCCCUCUUGGAAUUCCUUCAGGGCCCACUAGUGGGCCUCGGCCCACAGCUUGAGAAUCAUGGCGCUAGUGCUUACCCAGAGAGGCCCUGCUAGAGCAGCAACUUAUCUGCUUGCCCCUUGUUUGUAACUAACUGGCUCAGUUGAGCUGAGAGUUGGGUUGCCUACCAGUUUGUGAUCCUUGACAAAAACAGAGAUGGGUGACUUUUCUCAUAAGUCACUGGUGACUACAGAUGUCCCAGAUGGCUCUGUCAUACCUUUUCAAAAGGCGAAUAUUUUGAUAUUAAAAACCAGUCUGUAUUUUCCGCAGUGUGAAAUGACAUCUGAUUUAACUGUGAUGGUUUUAUGAGGUCCAUAACCAUGUGUAAUAAAUAAGCGUGAAUUCCGUUGUGUAAAAUGCAUUUAUAACAAAUCUGUACAGCGUAAAGAAAUAAAGGUUAAGCUAAUAAUUACA